CCCGUUAAAACCGCCGCUAAAAGUAGAGGUUCAAAGCUGGUUGUACCAAAUUUAGCUGCCCAAUUCGGUACCUUAAUUACCGGUAAUUGUCAACAGAAGAGAUGUUCUAGAUGCAUCAUAUCAUUGAACCAAAUCCCAAGGAACCAUAAUUUAUUUCCGUGCCAGAUCAAUCGAUAGUAGAUUCAACAACAGCGCCCAAUGGAGAAGGCCGUCGGAAAUUGCAUUCCGGUGAUCGACGUGAAAGAGUUUGCGAACCCAUCGGAGUUGGAGAAGCUGAUGGAAGCAUGCAGGGACUGGGGAUGCUUCCGCAUCGUCAACCACGGCCUCCCGCCGGCGUUGAUGUGGGAGAUGAAGACGGUGGCUCGCGCGCUGCUCGACCAGCCGGAAGAGAUCAAGCAGCGCAAUGUCCAGCCGGUGAUCCAAGGCUACACGCCUACCCAGCAUGGCGGCCCGCUCUUCGAGGCCCUCGGCUGCUACGACAUGGGUUCCCCUUCCAAUAUUGAUGCCUUUUGUUCCAUCCUUGAUGCCUCCCCUCUCCAAAGGGAGACAAUAGGGAAGUAUUGUGAAGCCAUCCGGGAGGUGGCGCUGCAAAUAGGGCGGAAGAUGGCCGAAGGGAUGGGGGUCGCCGGAGAUCAAUCGUUUGAGGAAUGGGCUUUGGAACUGAGGAUCAACAAGUACAACAACACUGCAGAGCACGUCGGAACCACCGGCCUCAACGUCCACACGGACCCCGGCUUUCUCACCAUUCUGCAGGACGACGAAAAUGUCGGCGGCCUGGAGAUGCUGUACAAGCUCACCGGCGAAUUCGUCACGGUGCCUCCCAUGGCCGGAUCCCUCGUCGUCAACCUCGGGGACCUCGCCACCCUGUGGAGCAACGGGAGACUCUGGAGUGUGAAGCACAGAGUGCAGUGCUACGAAGCCAGCACGCGGGUGUCGCUUGGCUGCUUCAUGAUGGGGCCGAAGGAUCGAGAGGUGGCGCCGCCACCGGAGCUGGUGGAUUCCGAUCAUCCUGCUGUUUUCACUCCCAUCAAUUUCGUGGAUUUCCGGAAGCUUCGGAAGGAGAACCGCCUGUUCAGCGAUGGGUUCGAUCUCUUGCGCGUCUCCAGCGCCUAGAAUUUACCGGAGAAUUUAUUUUCUAUUUACGAAAUACCACCCCCGAUAAAAUCAUGAAUUGCGGUUUCUGGUCUUUGGUUUUCCUGUAUUAGAUUUAAACCCCUUGUAAUCAUUUAUGUUUCUAUCUUACCCCCGGCUUGUAAUGA